CGACCAGUUGUUUGUUUCGUGGAAGCCGCGCAGUUGCACGGAUCAGCCGCUGCAAGGGGAAUCUGUUCCUUCGUACAGGUGUGCCUGCUAGGCAUAUUGUUUCAGAGUGCAGUGAUAGCGUGCGUGCGUGUGUACCCAAAUAGUUGUAAAAGUCCCGUGGAAAAAAGUGAUCAUUUACAACAGAGAGAGAAGGAGAAAUCAAAAGGAUGGAACGUCGCUUUGGAACCAAUUGGGGUUCUUUCGCGCUGCUGGUGCUUGCUCUAGUGGCCAGUUCGGUGACCUGUUUCGAUAGUACCCUGGGUGAUGAAGUUAUCCGGCUAGCUGGGAUCGGCGAGGAUGUGGCCGACUGGCCGCCACAGUUUCACGAACCGGUGGCGACAGCCGCCGAUGUGAAUCCUUUCCUCUGGAUGCUACACCAUCUAGAAGAGCCUGCUGCUGACCGUGUCGAUACCCAUCACUAUUCUAGGCUACUGCCACCGGAGUCGUCCGUCGGUGCAUUUGGCGGAGCAGACCAGCGGGAAACCGCCACGAUCGGUGGCCAGGAUCGCGAAUCGUUGGAAUCGGACGCUGAAACGUUUAUCGAUGAGCUGGGGCCAAAUCCGGAUGAACGACAGCGGCCGCCAUCGUCGUCUGUGCAUCGGCCCGGACUCACCCCGCCGUAUCGUCCUCCCUCGGCCAGCCAUCAUCCCGACGUGGAAACGUUGGAUGAUAAUCGUCGACCAGCAGCAGCAUCACCGUUCGACACGAGCUCACUGUUCCCGCAUCACUUCAACUCGUUCUUCAACACGCCGCUCGAGACGGGCUUCUUCGGUGCGGCCGGUCUGCCAGGCUUUGGAUUCUUCGACAGCCAUGCAAACCGUCCCUGGUGGAAAGGAGAUAACGUUUGUACCGAGCGCGAAGAAAAAGAGGAAGAUAUUGCUUCGUCCGACAACGAAGAAGUUGCGGUCAACGGCGGUACGAGCGAUGGUGGAAGCAGCAGCUUCGGUUUCCAUGGUUUCAGCACAUUCAAUCUGAACGUACAAACCUGUGCCGAAAAGCAGCAUAAAUAUGUUUGCACCUCGAUCAAAAAUGUGAACGGACGCAAACGUACGGAAAAGAUUACACGCCAAUGCUGUCACGGAUUUGGCCGACCGCGCAACGGUCCACCGAACGCCCAUUGUCAAAAGCUGGACCUGUACUCGAUGGAAGAAACGGUCGAGCGGCUCGGUGCGAAGGAAUUCAUCUCCACGUUGAAGAAGAGCGGUCUGGAAGCUACACUGGAGAGCAACGACGUGACGCUGUUCGUCGUGCCGGACAGCGCCUACACUAGCUUUGCCGAGCAGAUGUGGGAAAAUAAUCUGGUAGCCUUUGAUCCGAUGGCACGUGCCAAACGAGCGAUCGAUUUUGCCAGCAUGACCGCCCGGGACAUGAUACUGGCCCACACGGUGAACGGAUCGUACUUCAUCGAGGACGUAAGCAACGAGCAGCUGCUCAAGACCGAUCUGCCGGGCGCGAACAUCCGUAUCAACAUCUAUCCUCGUGGCCCAAUGUCAUCGGCGCGGGAUCAGUCGUACGCGGAGCAUCCGUACCGUUACACCGCCAACUGUGCUCCGCUGCUUAAACUGAACCGUGUAGCUGAUCGGGGCGUUGUGCACGUCGUCGACCGGGUGCUGGUACCGGCCCGCAACACGCUGAUGGACAUCAUUGAGGCUCGCGACGACAUGACGCUUAUGCGCACGUUCCUCGAGAUGACCGGGCUGGACAAGACUUUGCGCGAGCAGGGCGACGACAAGCACUACACCAUCUUUGCGCCGAACGAUGACGCGUUCCUCAAGCUGGACAAAGACAUCCGGCGCAAACUGAAGGCAGGCAAUGGAUGCGCGAUGAACAUUCUCAAGAACCACAUACUGGACAUAACGUUCUGCUCGCUGGCGGCCGUUAAUGGCGUUAAGACGUCCACGUACAACUUGCUGAACGAGAAGCUCGAGUUCGAGUACGCCAUGGUGGGCAAGACGCGCGCCCCAACGGCCGCUAACGCUGACGAAGCGGGCGAAACGAUCGACGAAGGCGAUGGCAAAAAGACGCAACGUAUUCGCAUUAACGGGCAGGCAACGAUCGAGGAAAGCGAUGUGAUCGCUAGCAAUGGUGUGCUGCACGUGAUUGAUAGCGUUCUGCCGACGGACAGUGGUAUGCCGAUCUCGAACACGCUGGCCAACCACAAUCUAACCGUGUUCAAGCAGCUUCUUACCGACGCCGGACUGGAGGAGGAGUUCGAUGCAAUGUCCAACCGGACGUUCUUCAUACCGACCGAUCAGGCGUUUGAGCAGACGGAAACGGGACGCUACUGGAUCCGGCAGCUGAAGGAGCACCCGGAGAGUCUGCGCGGAAACAGCGCACUGAAGGAGUUCCUCGAGUAUCACGUGGCCGAGCCGCUGAUCAAAACGUGCGCCCUGGAGGAGACUAGCGUACCGACGAAGGCCGGCCAGAAUGUUCGCGUUAACCUGUACACUACGAAUCCCAUAUUCACGACGGUAAUGAAUCGCGCCACGGUCAACUGUGCCCGGCUGGUGCGCUUCGACGAGGAAACCUGUGGCUCGGUAGUGCACGAAAUCGACAAAGUGUUAGAUGUCCCCAAGACGAAUUUGAUGGACGCUCUUAGCGCCAAUCCGGAGUACAGCAUGUUCCAGCGCCUGGUGAGCCUGACCAAUCUGACCGAGCUGCUGACGUCUCCCGAUGCCGGGCUAACGCUGCUCGUGCCGAAGAAUGACGUCUUCCUGGAGGUGGAUGCCUGGUACCAGGAAACGCUGCAAAAUCAGGACGAGCUGGAACGCAUCAUUCGCGCACACAUCCUGCCGAACGUCAUCUGCUGCACCGGCAUCGUCCCAUCCGAGUGGCCGUUCGUGCGCACCACCGAAACGGUCAGCGGACAGCAGCUGAAGCUGAACCGCAACCGGCGACCGCAGGUGCAGAAUGCCGGCAUUACCAAGUGCGAUGUGGUGGCUCGCAACGGUAUCAUCCAUGAGAUUAACGAUGUGAUCAACGUGCAGCCUCAGCGCACCAGUACCACCGGCGCCAGUUCCGGCAAUCCGUUCGAAAGCUUCGGCAGCCUGGCACGUCCGCUUCCGUUCUGGUUUAAGUGACGGCCGCGAGAUUACAGUUCAGUUUACGAGCAGCCCAUGAUUAGCAGCGGGGCUCAAUUGCAUGGAGUGUGGAUGAUAUGGCCGGAGCACCGGAACAAUGUUGGGCUCGUUAGUUAUUUGAACGAGUAGGAGCGAGAGAGAGAGAGAGAGAGAGAGAGAGAGAGAGAGAGAAAAGCCUGUGGCCGGGGCUGGGAUUGUGUUAACCCGAAGAGGAAAUAGUUUUACGGUAUCUCUAACAUUAUUAUAUUUAUACAACGAGAAAUAAACAGCUUAUGAUGUUUAGCCCUUUAGA